AUGGGUAACGGUCAGUCUCACUCAUCCGAUGGCCCUCAACAGCCCCAGCGUCCACCCGACUACUAUCACCUCCUCGACGUCGAUCAGGAUGCCACUUUUGACGAAAUCAAAAGAGCUUACAAGAGACUCGCUCUCGUCAACCAUCCAGAUCGGAAUUUACAUCGUAUAGAAGAGGCCACAAGGUUGUUUGCCGACCUUCAACAGGCAUACGAAGUCUUGAGCGAUCCCAACGAGAGAGCUUUCUACGAUUCUCAUCGCAAUGCACCUAUACCCACCACCGAUGAUGACCUCUACGACCAUGUUAGAGCGGGUGAUGCUGCAGCUGCAGAUCCAAAAUCAAAGCUCAACAGGCGACAACCUGGGGAUCCGGGUCUGCGGCUCGAACAGCUACUGAGGUUCUUCGAUCCCAAGCUAGCCAGGAAGCUGGACGACACUGAGGAGGGCUUCUUCUCCAUAUAUCGGACACUGUUCGCUCUCAUCGCCUCUGAUGAGCGAUUGCAUACCCCAAAAGACCGAUCGCCAUUGGUAUACCCUAGCUUUGGUGAUUCCAAGACAUCCUACGCACCACCACCAGGCUUGACCCGAGCCCAGAGAGAUGAACAACUCUGGGCGCGAGACUUCUACACUGUCUGGCUAGAGUUUACGACUGAGAAGCGAUUUGAAUGGCUCUCGAAAUGGGAUGCUGACCGCGGUGAAGACCGAGCAACCCGUCGGCUCAUGGAGAAGGGAAAUAAAAAGAUUCGAGAGGAUCAUCGCAAAGAAUAUACAGAUACCGUCAGGCAACUCGCGCAGUUCAUCCAGCACCGAGAUCCCCGAUAUAAGGUCCAUCAAGCGCACCUGAAGCAACAGCGUUCAGACAGAAAGGUCGCCAGAUCGAGCAAGCCGGACAAGAAUCCGAGUGGCCCUCCCAGGCAUGUGGCAGGGAUGCCCUCCGCUAGGCAGAACUCUCCCGACAUCGAGUAUCUAGAGCAGGAGUGGCAGAGAUUAGUGGUCAGCGAUUCCAGUGAUGAGGAAGAGGAAGAGCAGGACUUGGACGGCGAGGCAGGUGUUAGGGUUGUCGAUGAUGUUGGCGGGGAGGCCAUAGAAUGCGUAGCAUGCGGUAAGGUGUUCCAGAGCGAGGCAAGUUGGCUCAAUCACGAGCGAAGCAAGAGGCACAAGCAAACUGUGUGGAGGCUGAAGAGGGACAUGCAACUGGAAAAUUCAAAUCUGGAUCUGGAAUCACAGGACCCGUUGGAGGCUCGGCCUGCGAGUGCUUCUGGUACCGAAAUCGACGAGGCUGUCCUGGCUCUGAACGAUGAUCUGACGGGUGUAGGAAUGGAGGAGACCAAGAGCGCUGUACCGUCGAACACAUCGUCCUCUUCAUCUUCGUCCAUCAGCGCCAACGACCUUGCGCAGACCGAUACACCCGAGCUUGUCAACACUCCAGUGGUCAAUGGUGCUGCACUGGCGGCGAAUGGCAUCCAUACGAGCGAGGCACCGAUUCAAUCUUCUUCCCAGCCCUCGAAGCGAGAGAAAAGAAGAGCAAAGGAAGCGCAGAAGAAGGUUGAAGAGGAGCAGAGGAAAACAGCUACGAAGGAGGCUCGUAAGACUGCCAAAAAGGCUGGAGUCCAGCUUGACACGACCGGUCAGCAAGAGGAAAAAGGGCGUAAGAAAGAGACGUCGGCGCCGAACAAGUCAAAGAAAGCAAAUGUCACAAAGGGCGCAAAAGGCAAGGCGACACCUCCCUCAGAUUUGUUUGAUGAAGUGAAGCUCGAUCGUGUUCACGCCGACAUCUUGGAGAAACGAGCAAAGCUGCUCGAUCGAUGGGGCCCUGACUGGUUCAGUAAGUCAAUCCUCGGUCCCGAUCCAUUCGCCCCUUUGAAAGUACUUUGCCUCGGUCUGGGCGCACCUUCCAUAGACCGAACUGCUCAGAUACAGCUCUCACUUUUGUUGGCAUUGGUGGCCGGUCUUGAUUCGCAACACAAUACCAUCGAGGCUUUCGAUCCCGUGUGGGAUGAGUGGGACCGCAGGCUGCUCGACAGGUUUGGCAUCAAUGCUUUGAAUGAGAAUCUGUGUGGUGCCUAUCGACUUGAUCCCGGCAGCCCAUACUUGCUCUUCCUCCCUCAUUGUCCCAGACCCCUGUAUGAGUCCCUACUGUCGACCAACUUUGAUCCGUCCUUUUCUAGGGGGCGGGUUUUAUUUGGCAAUGAUCUCGCAGACUAUGUCCCAGGUUUGAUGCGGCUCGAAGAGAUUGGAGAACCUGUCGAAACGGAGUUUGUCAAACCCAAGAAAAAGCGUCGACCAAAAGAUGGUGGUCCUGCAAAGCCCAGAGAUGGUGUAUUGCAACGACUGGGUACGUCUUCAUUUCAGAUUCAGCCUUGA